AUGCACCUAGCUUGUGGUUCUCCAGCGGUGCACACCUGGGAAGUUCAAGGAAGUGAAUGCGACGGGCGUCCCGUGGCGGUGUCAUCGAGCGCUGCGGGGAACUGCGUCGUCGUGCUGUCGCAGACACAAUUACAAUUUUGGACGGGCACCAACGAUGCGACGUAUCUUGGCUCCGUGCGAAUAGAGGGUGCCACCGCCGAAGAUGACCCGGCGACGCACUUGCUGUGGCAUCCGAGGGGAGACUGUCUGGUGGUUGCAACUCUACAGCGGCGCAUACUUUUUUUCAGCGUCUCUCCUGACUUGAAGGAUGCGGAGUUGCUGGCGCCACUGUAUCAUGAUCAUCUCCUCCGACUUGGUUCUCUCACCUCUCGUGUGCGGUUCUUAAGGGAGGAGCGUUUAGAGUUUGGUAUUCUGACGUCGCUUGCCUCAGGUGGGAGCAACUGCUUUUUAGCCUGCACCACAGCUGGUGCGGUUUGCGUGAUUGGUUGGUUCCAGCAGAAACUUUUACACGCGUGGAGUUGCCAUUCUCUGAGCAAAGGUUCCCAUUUCUUUGCUCCCUUAGAGGAGACGGGGGACGAGACUACAGACUCGGAUGUGCAUCUGGCGCGCGCUGAUGUUUUUGCUGGGUCCAUUUUGGACGCCCACCAUAUUCCGCAACUAAAAUUGACGGUGCUGUUGUUGUCGAACGGCUGCGUUCUUCUUGCCCAAAGUAACGUGGGAAGUGAUUUCACAAGAGACGACAUUGUCUUUUCGGGCAAGUGUGCGGCUGCCCCAGGUGUGGCUCGUGUGUCGAUCAAUUCAAGGCACAUGCUAAUGGUGAUGGCCACACAGACAGGCGAUGUUGUUUGUAAAUGGAUUGCUGAGGAUCUCUCACUUAAACCCUUUUGGAAUGGAUUGUCGUGUCUAAGGGGUGUGAAGCGGCUUAGUCCCAUCGACAACUUGCAAUGGAGCCCCAACGAGGAGCUGUUAUGUGUUGGUUUCUGCCACCUUGGCGUGGUUGUUGUUCAUUACAGUGGAGUCUGCGUGUAUUCCUCACAACUGUUUCAUCACCCUCAACGCCGCGUGGCUGAGGGAUACGUGUCCUUUUCGUGGAGUUACCAUGGACAUCGUCUGCUUGUCAUCGAACCACGGAGUGGCGGGUUUACAGAGUACGGUUUCAAUGAAAUCAUUUCAAGCCCUUGUGGGGACAGCAAAGGCUGCUUUACCCCGGUCGUUGCGUUCGACAAUGAGGUGCUGCGUCUGGCGGGACAUUUUUCUGCCGAUGGGGAACUUACUUUAAACGAGACGGUCAGCGCUCGCCCGCAGUACGCGAGUGACAAUUACCCCAUGAAGCACGGUGCUGUGAGUCCUGACGGCAGCUCUGUGGCGCUUGCGGGAAGGUGCGGGUUUGUAUUUUUUGACCGUUUUUCACACCGUUGGCGUUCCCUGCGUGAUAAAAAUCUGGAAAAGGAGUUUGUCUGUGUGGCACAACCGCUCUGGCUUAGCAACCUCGCCGUUGUACUGCCAGUGCGUAUAACUCACAACCGCACCUUUGAGUUGCGUGUGUAUGCCCACAGGUAUCUCGACGCAAGUGCCCUGUUGACUCGGGUUUCCUUGGAGAGGAUGCCAUUGCAUGUGUGUGAAUGCCACAACGACUACACGGAUAUUUUUAUCCUUGUGACGGAUUCGUCUAAUGCGCUCCUUCUGUGGCGUUGCGUGAUUGACCCUGAAGGGCAUUCUUCUUCACUGGAUGUCAGGAUAUCUUUUGACUUUAUAAAACGCGCACAGCUACCAGAUAGUCUUGUAUGCCCCGUGGCAAUGGCGGGUAUUCAUCCGGCACGGAUACGGCCUCAUAAACCGCCGUCUCAUCCCCCUGCAAGUCAACAACGCGGAUGCGAGAGUGCCUUGCCGCAGGCUUUGUUCAUUUUGCGAGGUUCUCACGCCUUGGUAUCUUUUGACCCCGCCGCAGCUGUAACGAAUGCAUCCGCGAUGCCGUCUCCAAUAAAGAUUCUUCGCUCAGCGGGUGUUUAUCGCAUUUGGGUUGAUUACGCCGUGCCGAUGGAUGGUAGUGUCAUUGUCGUGUUUGGCGUUCACGGUAUUUCCAUCCUUCAUUUACUUGGAACAGGAGAGGACACACCCUCUGGUCUGUUGGCACACGAAUACGGAGUGUCGAACUUCGAUACCGAAUCUCUUCCAGUGGGGGUUUCCACGCACGACGGCUGUCUCCUCACUGCGGGCUCGACGAGUGAGGUUGUGGGCGCUAUCGGUGGGGCGCCUCCUACGGUUUCUCUGCGCAUGACCCUCAAGCCUCUUCUGUACAACUAUCGUCUAUUAGCUGCCUUGAAUUGCCCGGAUUUGCCGGGUUUGGGCACCCCGAAUGACACACCAACGGCUUCGAGUGUUACUUCAUUCGUUCCUCUGGUAUGGAACGAUCGUUUACUCUACUGGCUGGAGAGUAUGAGGAGAAACGGCACUUUUGUUCCCAACGCAGACUACUACUUGCAUACGCUUAUUACUGGAGCCCUUCCCUACGGCCUCGAUCAAAAUUAUCGGCGAGCCGCCGUUCAGGCGACGGUGUCUCUCCUUCGACGGUACUCGGAGUUCUACAGUGUGGCGGUGAGCUGUCUUCGAAAGCUAGAUGUUCCUCAGUGGAGGAUCCUCCUCGAUGUUUUGGGCUCCCCGGUUGUUUUUUUCAGGGAAUGCCUUGAAAACCACCGAUUCGAGGAAUCAGCGCAGCUGCUACGCGUCAUCAUGUUGGAUGGAAGCGGCUCUGACGGGGGUGCAUCAGUAGAGUCGCUGGAGAUUGCGAUGUCGUGUGCGGUGGAGUUGCUUGUGUCUGUCUUGUGGCAGCGCAAGGUUCAUCUGCUCCAAGAUUUACUGCGCUUUAUGGCGUUGCUGCAUGCGGAGAUUACAAUGACCGCCGCAGAAGGCGAUGGCAGGGCCAACGGUUCCGGCGUCUGGACGCGCCUCUUAAGUGCUGUCGGAUUACAGCAGGAUUUACCUCGUGAUUUUUCGCUGGAGACGGAGCCGCUUCGGCUGCUUGCCCCGGAAAAAGUCUCUUGUGGGUCAGCCAACUCUGGCGCACUGCAACGGCGAUCUGCCGUUGAAUAUUUAUUUUGCAGCCACCCAACUGUACGACAGGCCGUGUGCGAUGUGGCCUCGGAGUCGUUAUUUGCAGGCCAUUUGAUGUUGCUUCGUGACAUGCUACAAGAGCUAUUCGUCUCUCUGCCGCAUUUUGUAGCCUGUAAGACGCGUCCAAGAACGGGAGAGUUGUGCGGCAAAUUUAUUGACGACACGCUGACGGAGGAUGGUCGGUUGGAGGGAGCUUUGAAUCUCACGCGGCUUCCAGCACUUUUCGACGGUAUUCACGAUGAACUUGGUCUGCCACGCAGUGUUAGGUGCAUUGGAACAGAAUUGCAGGAUUCCGUCACGUCUUUUAUGAAUGCGGAGAGGACCGGCUCUAACACGGCGGUGUGGACCGCCGCACAGAGUUACCUGUACACCACCCCUGGUAUGGUGGCGACUCUUCUUGGGCUCCGUGAGCUGUACACUGCCUGGGAUGAGUGCGUCUUGGCUGUGAACGUUAUCUUAAUGAGCGAGGAUGUGGUGAUGCAGCAACUCCACGCGACUCCGGAGCUUGCGCAGGCGCUACGGCAUCUGACAACCCAACCACAGAAUGUAGGCUACACAGCUUUUGUACAAGGGUGCAUCGAUGGCCACAACACGGCGGCUUCGUCGUUAGUCAAGGUGGCAUCUAUAGGCUGA